CAACUGUAAAUGUGGGAGGUGGGGUAGGGUCCUUGCGUAUGCCUUGAUUAAAGAUGGCGGCGGCGAAGUUGGGCACUUGUUGGCUUUUGGCUGCAAGAGUACACGCAGGCCAGCUUGCGAGGCCGUUGCCUUUUACCAAGAAAUGGAGCGGGAAUGGUUCGGGAUGCCAAAACCUUCUGCAACCAUCACCUUUGCUCUCCGUUGGCGCGAGGAGUAUGUUCAUUCAGACCCAGGACACCCCAAACCCAAACAGCUUGAAGUUUAUCCCUGGCUGCACAGUACUGGAAUCAGGUACCAUGGAGUUCUCUGCCCCUCGAAGUGCCUUCUGCUCUCCCUUGGCCAGGCAGCUCCUCAGGAUUGAAGGGGUGAAAGGGGUUUUCCUCGGGCCUGAUUUUAUAACCAUCACCAAGGCCAACGACGAGGUGGAGUGGAAACUGCUCAAGCCAGACGUGUACGCCGCCAUCAUGGAUUUCUUUGCGUCAGGCCUCCCGAUCCUGACAGACGAUGCUCCGCGCUCUGAUACAGCUCCUUCAGAGGAUGAUGAUGAAGUUGUCGCCAUCAUUAAGGAGCUGUUGGAUACCCGGAUUCGGCCCACGGUUCAAGAGGACGGUGGUGAUGUGAUCUACAAAGGGUUUGAGGACGGGAUUGUCAAACUGAUGCUGCAGGGCUCAUGUACCAGCUGCCCCAGCUCUGCCAUCACCUUGAAGAGUGGAAUUCAGAACAUGCUGCAGUUCUACAUCCCAGAGGUGGAGGGCGUCGAGCAGGUUACAGAUGAAGAACAAGAAGCUGACAUUUCAUGAAUGGUUGGUAACCCAACUGUCUUAAUGCACCUUAACAAUUUGUUGGCACCUCUACUGGCGUUGUAAAACAAAAUGAUAUUGUAAUAUAUUUUGCAAUAAAGCAUUUAAGCUUGA